GCCGUCGAAUCCUGUCUCGCGGAAAGCCGCGGGAGAACCACGUCUUAGCGUCUCGACCGUAGCCGUUGGUACCGCUGGACACUGUGGACACUACUCACGUUCUCACCUCGCUUCUAUAAGAAGAACUGCACUUGGUGUCUGCUCAGUAGCCGCUGCUUUUGCUCUCAUUACAUGAGCAUCCGCUCAAUGGGUCCCGCCAAGUUUCUCAAGUACCUCGAAAGCGGCGAAUUCGCCGACGUCGAGUUCCUGGUGUUUCCGGAGCAGUUUCCCGUGACGCGCACCUUCAAGGCGCACAAGCAGUUCCUGGCCAUGGUGAACGAGGUCUUUGGCACAAUGUUCUUCGGGAGCCUUCCGGAAAAGGACCAAGUGAUCAUCACCGACAUCCAUCCGGACGGGUUCGCCUGCAUGCUCAGGUACUUUUACGGAGGCAAACUGCGUUUCAGGGGCAUCGAGGACGCCAUGUACACGCGAACGGCGGCCGUGAAGUACAUGGCGGCUGACUUGCAGAGAAUCUGCUCCGAGUACAUCGUGUCACACAUCAGCGCUCGCAACGUGUGCCGCCUCAUCGACUACGCGUCGCUGAGCGACGGAGGCUUGAUCGACGACGCGGUCCUCUCCGUGCUUCGACACGACGGCGUCGCCGUCGUCUGCUCCGACGACUUCGUCGACGCCCUGGACGGCACGGUCGAGUAUGUGCUCAAGAACGUGCGCAACGUCCCGGAGACCUGCGUCGUGCACAGUCUGCACGAAUGGGCCCGGGCCAAGGUAAUCAGGAGCCUGACGGUUGAAGCAAAAGACGGGGACAUCACACCGCCCUUAGAGAUCAAGACCAUCAUGAAACCUUUCAUGCAUCUGCUCAGGUUUCUUGCCCUGACGCCGCAGGAGUUUAUAGUGGGCCCUUCGUCGUGGUGCAUCUUCGAUGGCCGCGAUGACUUUGCCAUACUCUGCAACAUCGUCUGCUUCGGCUCGGUCCCGCUGCCCAAAUGGACGUGUCCCCUUAGGUACCACAGAUAGCAACCUUCUCAUACACUGUUUGCUCGGCUAUCACGGCCGAAGGUACGGGGCGUCGUGAACGCUCCCGUACUAUGCGUUUAUGGACCAUGUGUGCGAACUAUUUCUAAACACAUCAAGAUACCCAUAGACGCUGUAGACCAAGAGUAGCCAGGUGUGCCGCCUCUUGAUGUCGCGGCCAUUGGAACGUCCUUCAUCCCACUGCGAGUUUGUGCCGACGAUGCUCGUCGGUUUUCGUGAUGUGGGAUCAAUGUUGGGGAGGCCCUCCUCAUAAGGAAUAUUACGAACGAAUCUUUGUGCCGCUGUUUCGAGAUACUAGUGGCAAGGGCGUGUUUCACAAUCAUGUCACGGCGUCCGAACCAGAGUCUUUGUGGUCCAAUACGAUGCGUUUUUAUUAUAGCGCUUAGUCUUACCUUCGUCAGUGUGACCUGAAAGUUCUCGACGACGCCAUUCAGCGUAAUGUUUCAUCACCUGACGCGGGAUUGUCGUACAUGUUUAGCAGCCGGUGUCUUUUACCAUUAGUCAUGACGCCGUGACGUGAACGAGAGCGCCAUUCUUUUGGUCUGGGCAAUGUGCCUCGAUUGCAUUGUACAACCAACUUUGUCAACAACUGCAUCACACAUUUUGUCACCUCCCAUCACCAUCAUCCGUGAUGCACAUUUUCAUUUCGUGCGUCUAAUACGGCCUGCGACAAGAAAGUUUGAAGAAGGCUCUCUUCGAGUUGACAGAAGGAAGCUCGGAGGAGCAACAUACGAGCACGACCUUCGUGCGCAACGUCUUGAACGCGCGCGAGAUCCUGUGGCAAGUUCGGGGUCACCGUACACGUUCACACGUGAUUCUUGCAGUCAGUCAUUGAUCGCGUCAAUGUACAUAGCCAUUAUCCACCACAUUUUACGUGUCAUUGUGCAUGCAUUUUAGUGCGUAGUUGAACGGAGAAUAAACCAUUUUUCACUCAUCA